ACGCUUGCGCAGUCUGGGCCCCUGGCCGCCGCGCCAGCCGUCUCCGCCGUGAGGGACCGGGCUGCCUUGGCCCUUCCGCUUGCCGUCUUUUCCGGCAGUUGGGGCGCUUCCUGUUGUUCGCACCCGCAACCGCCACUCGGCCCCUACCUCAGAGCCCCUCACGCGUCCCGCCCCCUCCUCUGGUCGGCUGGCUGCUGGUGCUGGGGUUUCGCUUCUCCGCACGUCGAGACCGCUGGCCCGGCCGGCGUUUGCGGCUGUUCGCCGCCCCCAGCCCUGCCUCCCCUGGGGCUCUGCAGCCAUGGCAAUGACAGGCUCAACACCUUGCUCGGCCAUGAGUAAUCACACAAAGGAAAGGGUGACAAUGACCAAAGUGACACUGGAGAAUUUUUAUAGCAACCUUAUCGCUCAACAUGAAGAACGAGAAAUGAGACAAAAGAAGUUAGAAAAAGUGAUGGAAGAAGAAGGCCUAAAAGAUGAAGAGAAACGACUCAGGAGAUCAGCACAUGCUCGGAAGGAAACAGAGUUUCUUCGUUUGAAGAGAACAAGACUUGGAUUGGAAGAUUUUGAGUCCUUAAAAGUAAUAGGCAGAGGAGCAUUUGGUGAGGUGCGGCUUGUUCAGAAGAAAGAUACAGGGCAUGUGUAUGCAAUGAAAAUACUCCGUAAAGCAGAUAUGCUUGAAAAAGAACAGGUUGGCCACAUUCGUGCGGAGCGUGACAUUCUAGUGGAGGCAGACAGUUUGUGGGUUGUGAAAAUGUUCUAUAGUUUUCAGGAUAAGCUAAACCUCUACCUAAUCAUGGAGUUCCUGCCCGGAGGGGACAUGAUGACCCUGCUGAUGAAGAAAGACACACUGACAGAAGAGGAGACUCAGUUUUAUGCAGCAGAGACAGUAUUAGCCAUAGACUCCAUCCACCAACUCGGAUUCAUCCACAGAGACAUCAAACCAGACAACCUUCUCCUGGACAGCAAGGGCCACGUGAAACUUUCUGACUUUGGCCUUUGCACAGGACUGAAAAAAGCACAUAGGACAGAAUUUUAUAGGAAUCUGAACCACAGCCUCCCCAGUGAUUUCACUUUUCAGAACAUGAAUUCCAAAAGGAAAGCAGAAACCUGGAAAAGAAACAGACGUCAGCUAGCCUUCUCCACAGUAGGCACUCCUGACUACAUUGCUCCUGAGGUGUUCAUGCAGACCGGGUACAACAAGCUCUGUGAUUGGUGGUCGCUGGGGGUGAUCAUGUAUGAAAUGCUCAUCGGCUACCCACCUUUCUGUUCUGAGACCCCUCAAGAGACAUAUAAGAAGGUGAUGAACUGGAAAGAAACUUUGACUUUUCCUCCAGAAGUUCCUAUUUCUGAGAGAGCCAAGGAUCUAAUUUUGAGAUUCUGCUGUGAAUGGGAACAUAGAAUUGGAGCCCCUGGAGUUGAGGAAAUCAAAAGUAAUUCUUUUUUUGAAGGUGUUGACUGGGAACAUAUCAGAGAGAGGCCUGCUGCAAUAUCUAUUGAAAUCAAAAGCAUUGAUGAUACCUCAAACUUCGAUGAGUUUCCAGAAUCCGAUAUUCUUAAGCCAACAGUGGCAACAAGUAAUCACCCUGACACUGACUACAAGAACAAAGACUGGGUCUUCAUCAAUUACACAUACAAGCGCUUUGAGGGUCUGACUGCGCGGGGGGCAAUACCUUCCUACAUGAAAGCAGCAAAAUAGUUUCCUUGAAAUGGGAUCCUAAAUCGAGCAAUUCUUUGUACAACAUCAUGGUUUUCUUCUCACAUAACUGUUUUGAAAGAGCUUCCAAGAAGUUUAUGGAACCUACCAACGUGUCAUGGUAAACUCCUGAAAUGUGAUAAAGGCCCAAAAAGCCACUGGGCAUUGCCAAGGAGUCCCGGAUCACGUGGAAAAUCCUCACUUUCUCUUCACGGCUGUAUUAGAAAAUCCCUUUGGAUGUUGCCGUGGACUAGCAAUACCCACAAGUGCUGCCAAAAGGACCUCGGUUUAUUCCUGGGAACACAGCAAGGAGCGCCCAGGCAGAAGCAGGAGGCCUAGAACCCUCUUGGCUAAGGCGCUGCUCCUGCUCCGUGUCCAGAACCUCCCUGCAAGUGGUGAAGGAACGAGCCCAAUACAAAGUGCAGAGCCAGCCUGCAAAUCCGUGCAAAGUUCACGCCUCAAUCUUUGGUGCAACUGUAUUUGUAUUCUCUUAGUAUUUCUCCUCUCCCAACUUUAAGUAACCAUUUUGCCUUGGAAUCAUGAUUACAAAUUUUUCCUUUGCAGAUGCCUUCCUGGGGGAUGGUCCUCUUCACCCUAAAGGGUCACCUGCAGGCCUGGGCUGACCAGGCCUCUCUGCUG